GUCCAAAAUUGAGCCCCACAUGCAACCCAACCAAGCUCCGAUAUCGUCACACCAUGAACAACCGCCGCCGCCACCGCCUCCACCACCACCACCAUGGGCGGUGACGUCGCAAUCAACGCCUCAAUAUCAACAAUCAACAAUGGUAGUACCACCGCCUCUGCACUACCAAACCUACAACCCUCAGAUGUUUCCGGGUCAAUCUCAACCGGGAACGACGGGAGCACUUCCACCACAUUUCUAUCACAUGCAGCCGGGGGCGUCGUCCUCAGGAGCACGGUAUCCUUAUUCCUUGAGUCCCCGGAGAUCAAAUCCUGGUCAUUUGUAUCCGGAUCAUGAACGGGAUUGGUCCACCGGUCUUUUCCAGUGUACCUCCAACAUCAAAAACUGUUUCGUUACGACGCUUUGUCCGUGCAUUACUUUUGGGGAGAUCGCUGAGAUUUUGACGGAAGGACAUACGCCUUGGUAUGAACCAGCGACAUUGUGUGCGUGUUUAGGAGCAGCGAGCUUUGUUUUCAUAUUCAUGCUGUGGUUGACUUUCCCUUACACUUGUCUAUAUCGUGUUAAAAUGAGAAAAAAAUACAAGUUAAAAGGAAGCCUACUUGAAGAUUGUUUGAUCAAUGCAUUUUGCGGAUGGUGUGCCUUAUGUCAACAGUAUCGGGAGCUUGAUCAUCAAGGCUUCAACGUUUCAAUCGGAUGGCAUGAAAACAAGAGGAGGGAAAGUCAAGCAGUGGCAGUAUUUCGAUUGAUACCACCAGAGGAGCAAGAGAUGUCAAGAUGAAGAUUAAAAAAAGGGGAAUUAUUGUAAUGUAAUUUUUUCAAAUUAAAAAAGAUCAUUACAAACCACCGAAUUUGAUUGCCAUGCCAUUUUUUUGUAUAUUAUUGGAUAACGGUUAUAGUUUUAUGAAAACAACAGUUUAAUUAAAAGAAUGUAUGUAAAUAUGUUUUUGUCUGUAGAAAAGUGGACGAU